CUGGGACAUCGUCUACGACGACGAGUGCCAUUCCCCGGGAUGGGUCCGGUUGGCGAGGAAGAAAUGGUACGGCCCGUUGGGUAGUAAUAAGGGGGGUGGUAGUGGUGGUGAUGGGACCAGAAAGAUCUCAGCCGCCGAGUUUGACGCGCUCAUCGGGCACUGCGCGGCCGUGACGGACGCCGCGGCGAGCUGUUUCGCGGCCGACAUGAUCGCGGCGUACCCAAACGCCAAAGUGGUGCUGAAUAUGAGAAGAGACGUGGACGCGUGGCAGCGGAGCCUGGUCAAAACGCUGGUGCAUGCCAACGAGAGCUGGGGGUUCUGGAUCGCGAGCUGGCUCGACAGGGAAUGCUUCUGGGCCUGGCACGUGUAUGAGCGGUUCCUGUGGCCGCUGCUGUUCCGUGCGCCUGAUGGAGAUAUGGGUGCGGCAAUCAGGAAUAACGCGAGAUGGGUUGCUGAGGAGCACUGCAACAUGAUCCGCGGUCUGGUGCCCAAGGAGCGCCUGCUGGAAUGGUACAUCGAAGACGGCUGGGAACCGCUCUGCAAGUUCCUGGGCAAGCCGGUGCCCGAGGUCGAGUUCCCGCACGCAAAUGCUGCCGCCGGGGGGUGGAAGGACCGGGAAGCCCUCUGCAACAAGCGUUGGGUCGACAGGGCGUUUGCAAAUCUGAUACUCGGCGUUGUUGGGAUGGUGGUGAGCGUCGUCCUCGCGAGGAUAUAUGUGUUCUAGGUAAUCCCGUAGAAGGGGAGUGUCAGUUUUGAUCCAAGGAGCCCUAGCUUCUCUUGUCUCUAAUUCACAUAUCGUCCACGACAUAGCCUUUUAUACCUGAUUGCCGGCUUGGUGUGACCGGCGUUUUCAGCAACGUACGUUCUGUUGUUGUUGGCUUUUGAGAUUAACUUUGGUGGGUUCAAAACUUUAUAAGCCU